AUGAAGUUGUAUCUCCUCUGUCUUUUUGUCGUUAUUGCCACCGCUGUGCGACCCUAUCGCUAUGGACGUGAAGAGUACCGUCCUGCAAGACGCUACUCAGAACGCUACAUUCGUGAACCCUCCUCAGCCUACUCCCGCAGUCUUCCGCGUUCUAUCAGAAAUCUAGGAGAAGAGGAAGAACAGACCUACCAAGUCCCUGUAGAGGCUAAAAGAUCCGAAGAGAUUGUUGACAGACGUUUCGGCCAAGGCCGAAUUAGCAGAUCUCUUCCAAAGGAAGAAGCGAUUGAACCAUACCAGGAGACUUUAGCAGAUGAACAAGAAGAACAAAUUGAACAAACCUCUGUUGAACAGGAGCCAGAGCAAGAAGUUGAUGAUACUUAUGAUGAUACCACCUUCUUGGAUGAUGAUGCCGAUGGGGAGAGAGAACUUGACUAUGAAGAAGUAGUUCAUGGAGAUGAAGAGGAAGAAAGCAUGCUAGAGAAUGAAGACAAUGAAGACUAUCACUAUGAAGGAGGCUACGAAUACCAAUCGGAGUAUGAACCAUACCAAGAUGAAAGCUAUGAACAUGCAGAGGAGCUUGAAAAUAAUCAUGGACACGAGGAAGAAAUCGAAGAAAACGCAACGGAACACCAUGAAGAAGAGGGGCUCAAGGAGGAGCAUGUGAUGCCUAUUGAACUAGCUGAUAUCAUCUUCGCUUUUCCCAACUGUGACAGUAUCACUUGCUCCAAGGCAGGACUUGCAGGCUAUGGAUGCAAGGAUACAAAGUGCAAAUUCAUUUGCACUAGUGAAGAAUGCUAUGAAUAUCCAGACGGACCGACUGACUUUAAAGAACUUCAAGCUAUUGGAGAGAUGCACGAGGAAGAAAAGGAGGAAACAACAACAACAACGGAAGAAAUCACUACGACUACUGAAGCUACUACUACAACCACCACUACCACAACGACACCGGAACCUGAAAUUAUUACCCAAGCCCCCAAGAAACGCCGAUCAUUAGGGGAGAGACGUGGAAGAAGCAGAAGAACCCGAUCUAGACAAUAA